UAUUAUGUAGUCUCACUUACCUACUACUAUCAUAAAAAUUCCCUCACCAUCUACACAAGUUUCUAUAUCUUGUUUUAUCGUCUAACACCUUCAUAACCAUGUCAGGAAUACGUCCAAAUGGCGGCGAACGUGAGUCUCCCAUCAUCACAGCCGAAAAACCACAAAUCCGUCGACUCAGUGGCUUUAUAUUAUCUCUAGUUGACUACCCUCCUGGUUUUUCGCGUAAGGUGGUGGCGGAAGUGGUGGCUACAUUUCUGUUGGUGUUUGUGACAUGUGGAGCAGCGGCACUUACCACAAGCGACAAUCGUAAGGUGUCACAGCUUGGAGCCUCGGUUGCUGGUGGGCUCAUUGUUACCGUUAUGAUAUAUGCUGUUGGACAUAUCUCCGGUGCACACAUGAACCCUGCCGUCACGCUAGCAUUUGCAACCGGUGGUCAUUUCCCUUGGAUUCAGGUCCCUAUAUAUGCCGCAGCACAACUGACUGGGUCCAUAUCAGCUUCGUUUGCGCUACGGGUGUUGCUACAACAGGUAAAACAUUUGGGGACAACGACACCUUCAGGGACAGACCUACAAGCUUUGGUCAUGGAGAUCAUAGUCACUUUUUGUAUGAUGUUUGUCACUUCAGCUGUCGCAACAGAUUCUAAAGCCGUAGGAGAGCUAGCAGGUAUAGCAGUUGGAUCAUCAGUAUGCAUUACUUCCAUCUUGGCAGGACCAGUAUCAGGCGGAUCGAUGAACCCAGCACGCACCAUCGGGCCUGCUUUAGCUAGCAACAACUUCAAGGGCAUUUGGGUAUAUAUUGUUGGUCCUAUAUUUGGGACCAUAUCAGGGGCGCUAUGCUACAGUUUUAUUCGGCAUACUGAUAGACCGAUUCAAACGAUGUCGUCUUUCAAACUUAGAAGAAUGAAGAGCAAUGAUCAACAUGUUGCAGAGAACAAUUCCCUUAGUUUCGUGUAAUAAUAUAACUAGUAAAAUGGCUUAUGCUAUAUAUAUAUUAAAGAAGUGCAAUCAUGCACAUUUUAAUUAUCGGUUGUAAAUCCA